UUUUAAAAUGCAAAUAUAAAAAUUAGACCAGGCUAAAGAAAUGGCAGAUACGAUAUCUUGCAGCAGCUUCCUAAAACAAAGUGAAAAAAUUGACUGGCUGUAUCCAGAUCUACUUUCAAAAGAUGGACUUAUACAUAUUCUUAGAAAGCGUUACAUUGGAUCAUCAAACCAAGAUUUGGAAAAUCUUAACAAAGAGUCUCUAGUUGAACUUUACAAUUGCUACAUUUUGCCUUUGCCACAAAGGAAAUAUAGAAACAACAGGCGUGGACAAUCUAUGACCAGGGAGCAAAUUUUAGCAACAAAAAGACAUCAUAAUAGAACAGAAGAAGAGGAUCCAUUAAAAAAAAAACAAAAAACAGAUGGGGAAGGAGCUAGUCAAAGUAAAGUUUAUGAAUCCAGAUUAAAGCCACCACCUUGUAAAAACAGUCUUGAUAAAAAACUACAACUGUGUUCAAAAAGCAUCGACAAACCUUCAGGUGACGCACCUGUUAGCAAUGGAAAUCAAGUAAAUUCACCAAGAAAAAGAUUAAAGUCAGGCGAGGAACCAUCCAGUGAUAACAUGGAACCAAGCUGUAAAAAGAAUUUCACAAAAAUUUCGUGGCCAUGACAUUUGUGUUAUUGUUUUAUCUACUGUAAAUUUUUGUUUGAAUGUCAAUAUUGGUCAUUCUGAUUUUAAAUUUUAAUAAACACUAAAAAAAAUUUUACUAGGUCUACCUAUUUUUAAAAAGAUUUUUCUAAUGAAGUAUAGAAU